GCACAGCCAACCCUGGCCAAAGAUUCCAACCUGCCUGUGAAAAUGGCUUCUAACACCUACGGACUGCAUGCUCGAUCUCGAGCAAUGCUCUAGGACAUAGAAGGAACUCUGAAGUGAGGCAAUGCUCAUCUGUUACUUACCGAGCUAUCUGACAAGAAACUAAUGACGACAUUCCGACAAAUCUUAGCAAAGUGGCAACAAGAUGUUAUGAAAACUGUCCUAAACUCCUUUAGCUUUUCCAUGAAUCCUGUGACUCAACAAACAUGGGACAGAAAAAUUGACCCUUGCGUUGGCGGUGGCACCUGUGCGUACCUUCAGCAUUCUUGUCCUAAUGAGUAGUUUCUUUGUGGUUUUGACUUGCCUUAGUACUGAACAUGAUCUGGUAGUUCUUAGAAAGAUGGACGAGGUUAGUGGGUGCAACAAAUCCCCUUUGCAGUUGGACCGAGUGUUUGAAAAUCUAAACAUCUUCCUUGACUUUAAAACCUUGUUUUAUAGAAGUGAUGGUACUUUCCUCUCUCACAAGCUCAAUUUUUUUUUCCCCGUGGAAUUUCCUUCCCUCUGUUCAACUCCCGCUUUGUCUGCACAAUAUGUACCGGCAACCUCGAUCGAGUAUCCCGUGUUAGAAUGUGCCUUGAUUCAUUUAUAAAGAGCUGAGUGAAGAGAUGCAUAAGCUCAUUGACAAACCUGACCAGUCUUGCCUCCUGAUUGCCUUAUCUGUUGUGCUUGCUUCUUUGGUUUCUUUCUCGGAUGCUGAAGUUCAUUACCAUGAAUUUGUUAUUCAAGCGCAACCGGUGAAAAGGCUAUGCAGAACCCACAAGAUUAUAACUGUUAAUGGGCAGUUCCCAGGGCCGAUACUAGAAGUGAGAGAUGGCGAUUCUCUUGUCAUCAAAACCACGAAUAUUGCUCAAUACAAUGUCACCCUUCACUGGCAUGGAGUUCGACAAUUAGCCAAUCCAUGGGCAGAUGGACCUGAAUAUGUUACCCAGUGUCCAAUACAACCGGGAGGGACCUACACGUACCGCUUCAACAUCCAAAAACAAGAGGGGACAUUGUGGUGGCAUGCGCAUAGCAAAUGGCUUCGGGCUACUGUUUACGGUGCUCUUAUCAUCUACCCUAAAGUCGGUUUGCCCUACCCUUUCCUAACACCAAACCAAGAGAUUCCCAUUCUUCUCGGGGAAUGGUGGGACAGAGACCCUAUGGAUGUCCUUCGGCAGGCCCUGUUCACAGGAGCCGCUCCGAAUGUGUCUGAUGCAUACACCAUCAAUGGCCAGCCAGGAGAUUUCUACAGAUGUUCAAACCAAGAAACCGCGGUGUUUUCAGUGGAGUCGGGCGAGACGGUCCUAUUAAGAUUCGUUAACGCUGCACUCAAUCAAGAGCUCUUCUUUGCAGUGGCCAACCAUAAGCUGACCGUCGUAGGGGUUGAUGCUGCCUACACCAAACCGUUUACCACUAGUGUCAUCAUGAUCGCACCCGGUCAGACCACUGAUGUUCUCCUCACUGCCGAUCAGUCUCCAUCUCGCUACUACAUGGCGGCGAGCGCUUAUCACUCCUCCCAAAACGCAGCAUUUGACAACACCACCACCACCGCUAUACUUGAAUACAAAUCUGAGUCUUGCAGUGCAAGAAGGCAGUCCUCUCAGGUGCUCGUCCCGCAACUUCCGGCCUCCAAUGACACAGCCACCGCAACUGCAUUCACAGCUGGAUUAAGGAGUCCUUCCAAGAUCAGCAUCCCUAAUAACAUAGACGAGAACUUAUUCUUCACGGUGGGUCUCGGACUCAUCAAUUGCUCGCUCCCGAGCCCGAACUGUCAAGGCCCGAACGGAACACGCUUUACAGCCAGCAUGAACAACGUCUCCUUCGUCCUCCCGACCGCCCUCUCCGUGAUGCAAGCCUAUUACCAGGGUGUUUCUGGCAUCUUCAGUGCAGAUUUCCCACCGGUUCCCCCGAUUCAAUUCGACUACACUGGCAAUGUGAGCAGAGGAUUGUGGCAACCUGUAGGUGGGACGAAAGUAUAUAAGCUAAAAUACGGUUCCGCGGUACAGAUUGUUUUGCAGGACACGAGCAUUCUGUCCACCGAGGACCACCCUAUUCACCUCCAUGGAUACCAAUUUUCCGUGGUCGGGAUGGGCUUUGGCAACUUCGAUGCUGCAAGGGAUAUGCCGAAAUUUAACCUCGUCGAUCCCCCUGUUAGGAAUACCAUCGGGACGCCCCCAGGUGGUUGGGUGGCAAUCAGAUUCGUGGCUAACAAUCCAGGAGUGUGGUUGAUGCAUUGUCACAUCGAUUCACACCUUGUAUGGGGUCUUGCCAUGUGUUUCCUGGUCGAGAACGGAGAAGGCGAGCAGCAGACCGUGAUACCUCCACCGCCCGACCUACCUAAGUGUUGAGCACCAGUCGUCGAAUUCGAUAUCAAAGCCGCCAUUCAUUCCUACUGAUGUCUAGAACUGCAACAUAUAUUCUCGCCCGGAUGUGCUAGGAUAGAUUUUGAAUGACUCUUGCUAGAUCUCCAAGUAGACGCUUUCACAUACUUGAUUCCUGUUUAAUUCCGUUAUGCAGUUGAAGAGCUCUUUUGAAGGAAAAACAAAGCAAGCGAAUUGAUUGACUCGAACAAAAUCAUCAACUCGAAAACAAAAGGCAUCGCGACAAGAAACCGUUUGAAGCGACCGCGCGACAUUUCA